ACAAUGUUUGCUCGCUCGAGAAACAACCUCCUGCGCUUGUACAGCACGCUCGACAUGCAUGGUGGCCUGUAAAGGUGAAAUCUGCGAAGACAUGGAAGACGAUGUUUUUUCCUUUCUCUAAACACUCACACACAAAAAAAAAGUAUUGAGAUCCCAGCAAUCUUCCUCAUCGACAACGUACUUGCACUUGGUGGUUCCAGAACAAGCAAAAGCCUGCAGGGGUACCUUCUUCUCCUCCUCCUGCCUGACUGCCUGCCUUACCCCAAAUGUGAUCGGUACAAGAAACAACCUCAAAAUUUUUAGAUGCUAAAGCUUGUUCCUUCCCCUUCUUCUUCAGCAAAGUAUUUCGAGAAUCAAUGUCUUGUUCCCAUGUCCAACCCUAAAAUCUAAAGUGCAAUGGCAAUAUCAUUACAGUAUGUCUCUGUUUCUCUUCCUUCCCUCAUACACCUUUUCCCUCAGUCACUGUGUCAGCUGCACUGCCCUUGCGCUGCACACUAUUCUAAAAUGGCAGCUGUCAGCUUUAAGUCGUGCACAAUUGUUCGAGCAGCCUUCUAUUUUUGUUUUAUUGCGAUUCCGUCCUCGCGCUCUUCUUUAAUUACUAUGCAACCCACCACCGGCCUUCCCCCCAUUCGUUCGUUCUGCAAUGGUUGGGCUGUAGGCUCGCUGCCUCUUUGUUCCGGCGGAGAUGAGUUCCGGCUCGAUCGGACCCUCCGGUGGCUGCGCCAGCGAGGACGACUCGCUUCACGGGCUCAUGUUCGGGAAAAAGAUCUACUUUGAGGACGGAGCUGGCGGCGGCGGCGACAAUAAGGUGCCGCCGGCGAGAAGGGCGAGGGGGGUGGCGCUGGGAGGGGGAGGGCAGCAGCAGGCGCCGCCGCCGAGGUGCCAAGUCGAGGGGUGCGAGGCGGAUCUGAGCGGGUUGAAGGCCUACUACUGCCGGCACAAGGUGUGCGGGAUGCAUUCCAAGGCGCCUAAGGUCAUCGUCGGCGGCAUCGAGCAGAGGUUCUGUCAGCAGUGCAGCAGGUUUCACCAGUUAACUGAGUUCGACCAAGGCAAACGCAGUUGCCGCAGACGUCUGGCAGGGCACAAUGAACGCCGGAGGAAGCCGCCCACCGGCCCAUUCACUUCGCGCUACGGCCAGUUUCCUCGAUCCUUCGAUGAACCCGGCAGAUUCAGAAGCUUUCUAAUGGACUUCAGUUACCCGAAGAAUGGAAGAGAUAUUUGCUCUGGUAAUCUGGUGACUAGCAACCAGUGGCACCAAGUGGUAGAUGCUCCAUCGAGUGGGAUUGCACCGAUGCUCGAAGCCCAUCCAUACUUGCAAGGCUCUCCGGGCCACCAGAUUCUAUUAUCUUCGCCGGAACUUCAACCGGCCGGUGACUGUCUUGCAGGAGCUUUGGACGGCAGCUGUGCUCUCUCUCUUCUGUCAUCGACGACUCAGCCAAGGGGCAGUAACACUAGCAAAAGCCAAGUUCCAUCCAGCAGCUUCAAUCCCUUUGCUUCCAACAGUUACAUGGCCAACACCUGGGGCUUCAGGGAUCCCGGAAGCCGGAGCCACUCCUCCCAUGAAACUGAGCCCGGGACUGGAAAUUUUUCAGGCGAGCUCGAGCUAGCACUGCAGGGAAGUCGGCAGUACCUCGAUCAUAACGGUUACAGUCACUCCGAUCAUAUGAUCCACCACCGGUCUUUGUAGACCAUAUGAAUUUCCUUUCUCUUAGUGCUGUUGACUUGUCAGUUGGAUUCUACUGCCGCCAGUCAUGAACUCCAUUUUCUUCAUGACAAUUUUGUGAUCUUGGCUUCGUUAUCUAUUGCAAUAUUGAAGCUCUAUGCAUUUGGUUUGUGAUUCA